AUGGCAGAUAAUAACACACACAGUUAUGGUUGGCAAAGCCGGCCAUCACAUCCUCUUCAUCCUUCCUCGAUGGCGAUGGACCAACAACCGUUUCCCCAACCACAGACUCUCCCACCAUCGACUGGAUACCAUGUCGGAUAUCAUCCUCCGCAGGCCACAACGCAAGGGUUUUAUCAGCCCGGAAUUCCGGCACCUCAAUAUCUUUGCUCGCCACAUCCAGGUCUGCUUCAGAGCCGACAGCAUCCCCGAAGUUCUUCCAUUCCAUAUUCCUUUCCCAACAGCCACAUUGCAGGCAGCCCUCCAACAAUAGCGGAACAUUCGUUUACUUCAUCGCCUCCCUCUUACUUAGUUAAUCAUCAAGAAUAUUAUUACUCCCACGCUCCUUCACUAUCGUCAAAUCCAAGCUCUUUAGCAGUGAGCCCUCAGUCACAACAUAUAAUGACACCAGGAACAGUAUACUCGUCUCCCGAUACAGCACCGUCAGGCUCAGACCCAGAACAGCAAGUCCGCGUCAUCAGCUUCCGACCGAAACCGCAAUGUUGGGAUCACGGAUGCAACGGCCGUGAAUUUUCAACGUUUAGCAAUUUACUCCGUCAUCAAAGGGAAAAGUCAGGCGUGGUUGCCAAAGCAGAAUGCCCCAGCUGUGGUGCAGUAUUUACGCGAACAACAGCUCGAAAUAUUCAUGUCUCUCAAGGGAAAUGUAAAGGUGGAGGGAGGGAAACGUCGAGCGAGUGAUGAUUGCGCCCGUGGCGGAAUGGAUUCUCCAUCGAAUCCCAGCGGCCUACUUCUACAACAAUACUGUUCAACUCGGAGCACCACGUUGCCUGUUUCAAAGUCACUGUCAAAUGACUGCAGCGAAACAAGCUCGUCCCUCGAUACCCUUCCAGGAGCGGAGUUCGGCGCCAUGGGGAGCCUAGAACAGGGAACGAAUUUUCGAAUCCUUCUCAUGACAAGGAUUUAGCGAGUCUGCAAGAGAUAUAUAGACAGCUCUGCAUUCCUAUCUAUAUGCAUGGUGGAG